AUGGUAUACUAUUUCACCUCCAAUGUGGUUAGUCCCGCCGCAUUCAUCUAUGUGGGCAAAGACAAAUUCGAGAACGAGUCCCUGAUCGAAUUUGGAUUGGACCAAGAUGUGUGUAGUUCAUCAUUGACGUUCUGCCUCUUAGGGUCGGUCUUCCCCUCGAGCAUCCUCGUCGACCUUCCGAUUUCGCCAAAUGGUUCUAACGCCACGCAUAGUUCCACGUCGACAAUUUGUCAAGUGCCCACGUAUAUCUCCGAAUGCGCGAUGGGGAAAAAAUGGGAUAGUAUUCCCCAAGAGCUCCUCGACGACUGCGCACAGUUGACCAAAGCAAACUCAAUUGAAGGCAACAAAAAAGACAAUGUGACGAUUAUUUACACCCCAUGGUCGAAUCUUAUGAAGGACGGCUCCAUGGCCACUGGACAGGUCUCGUUUCAUAACCCCAAGAUGGUUCGCAAGAUCCUAGUGCGGGAGCGUGAGAAUGCCGUUGUCAACCGGCUCAACAAGACCCGUGUCGAGAAAUUCCCCGAUCUCCGAGCGGAGAAAGAAGAAGACGGCAAGAAGCGACGCCGCGACGAGCGCAAACAGCGCGAGCAGCAACGACACAAGGAUAACCAGGAGAAGCGAGAGCGAGAACAAUUGAAGUGGCAAAAGGAACACGCCUACGACGACAUGUUCAGUGCUGAAAACAUGGAAGCCAACAGCAACCAAGAUCGCGCUGCAGAUUGGGAAGACGACUUUAUGUGA